AUUCUCUUAACGGUGGCAACUCCUACCUGGUGUGAGAGCAGGGAAACUACAUCUCCAAAAGCUAGUGAUGGGACACCAUUUCCAUGGAGUAAGAUGCGACUUCCUGAGCACAUCAUUCCUGUUCAUUACGACCUCAUGAUCCAUGCAAAUCUCACCACUGACUUUUGGGGCACCACUCAAGUGGAAAUCACAGCCAGCCAGCCCACCAGUGCCAUCAUCCUGCACAGUAACCGCCUGCAGAUAUCAAAAGCCACCCUCAGGAGAGGCACCGGAGAGGGGCAGCCUGAAACACCACUGAGAGUCCUGGAGUACCCGCCUCACGAGCAAAUUGCACUUCUGGCUCCCGAACCUCUGGUUGCUGGGCUCCCUUACACCGUGACCAUCGACUAUGCUGGCAACCUCUCUGAGAGUUUCCAUGGAUUUUAUAAAAGCACCUACAGAACCAAAGAGGGGGAAGUGAGGAUACUUGCAUCAACGCAGUUUGAACCUACUUCAGCCAGAAUGGCCUUUCCGUGCUUUGAUGAACCUGCCUUCAAAGCAAGUUUUUCAAUCAAGAUCAGAAGGGAGCCAAGACACCUAGCUAUCUCCAAUAUGCCAUUGGUUAAAUCCGUGACAGUUGCUGAAGGACUCAUAGAAGACCAUUUUGAUGUCACCGUGAAGAUGAGCACCUACCUGGUGGCCUUCAUUGUUUCAGAUUUCAAGUCUGUCAGCAAGAUGACCAAGAGAGGAGUCAAGGUUUCCAUUUAUGCUGUGCCAGAAAAGAUAAAUCAGGCAGAUUAUGCACUGGAUGCUGCAGUGACUCUUCUUGUUUAUGAGGAUUAUUUCAGCAUUCCAUAUCCAUUACCCAAACAAGAUCUUGCUGCUAUUCCUGACUUCCAGGCUGGUGCUAUGGAAAACUGGGGACUGACAACAUAUCGGGAAUCUGCUUUAUUGUUUGAUGCUGAAAAGUCUUCUGCCUCCAGUAAGCUUGGCAUCACCAUGACGGUAUCCCAUGAACUUGCUCACCAGUGGUUUGGGAACCUGGUCACUAUGGAAUGGUGGAAUGAUCUUUGGCUAAAUGAGGGUUUUGCCAAGUUUAUGGAAUAUGUGUCUCUACUCGUGACUCAUCCAGAACUGAAAGUUGAAGAUUAUUUUUGCAAAUGUUUUAGUGCCAUGGAGGUAGAUGCAUUAAAUUCCUCACACCCUGUGUCCAUACCAGUGGAGACUCCUGCUCAGAUUCGGGAGAUUUUUGAUGAAGUUUCUUAUGAAAAGGGAGCUUGUAUUCUGAAUAUGCUAAGGGAUUAUCUCAGUGCUGAUGCAUUUAAAAGUGGCAUUGUGCAGUAUCUCCAGAAGUACAGCUAUAAAAACACAAAAAAUGAGGACCUGUGGAAUAGCAUGGCGAGUAUUUGCCCUUCAGAUGGCACACAAGGGAUGGAAGGCUUUUGCUCUAGAGGUCAACACUCAUCUUCAACCUCACACUGGCGACAGGAAGGCGUUGAUGUGAAAACCAUGAUGAACACCUGGACACUGCAGAAAGGCUUUCCCCUGAUAACCAUCACCAUGAGAGGAAAGAAUGUUCAUAUGAAGCAAGAGCACUACAUGAAAGGGGCUGACGACGCAUCAGAAACUGGGUAAUGUU